AUGGCGGAGAUCGUCUCCGUCAAUCCUAAACCCUCCAAGGGUUUCUCCUCCAAGCUCCUCGAUCUUCUCGAGAGAGUUGUUGUCAAGCUUAUGCACGAUGCUUCUCUCCCUCUCCACUACCUCUCCGGCAACUUCGCUCCUCUCCGGGAUGAGACUCCUCCCGUGAAGGAUCUCCCCGUCGUCCAUGGAUUUCUCCCCGAAUGCUUGAAUGGUGAAUUUGUGAGGGUUGGUCCAAAUCCCAAGUUUGAUCCCGUCGCUGGAUAUCACUGGCAAUAUAUUAUGUCUGCUCUUUUCAGGUUUGAUGGAGAUGGAAUGAUUCAUGGGGUUCGCAUCAAAGAUGGGAAAGCAACUUAUGUCUCUCGAUAUGUGAAGACAUCACGUCUCAAGCAGGAAGAGUAUUUCGGAGCUGCCAAAUUCAUGAAGAUUGGGGACCUUAAGGGCUUUUUCGGAUUGCUUAUGGUCAAUAUGCAACAGCUGAGAACUAAACUGAAAGUAUUGGACGACUCUUAUGGAUAUGGGACUGCUAAUACAGCGCUCGUUUAUCACCAUGGAAAACUUCUAGCAUUACAGGAGGCCGAUAAGCCGUAUGUCGUCAAAGUUUUGGAAGAUGGAGACCUGCAAACGCUUGGCAUGAUAGAUUAUGACAAGAGAUUGACACACUCCUUCACUGCACACCCAAAAGUUGACCCGGCUACGGGUGAAAUGUUUACAUUUGGCUAUUCGCAUACGCCACCUUACCUCACAUACAGAGUUAUCUCGGAAGAUGGAAUUAUGCAUGACCCAGUCCCAAUUACUAUAUCAGAGCCAAUCAUGAUGCAUGAUUUUGCUAUUACUGAGACUUAUGCAAUCUUCAUGGAUCUUCCAAUGCACUUCAGGCCAAAGAAUGGCUCCCUAUAUCCAGCCAAUGCUUGGGAAGAAGAGGAUGAAGUCGUCCUCAUCACUUGUCGCCUUGAGAAUCCAGAUCUCGACAUGGUCAGCGGGAAUGUGAAAGAGAAACUUGAAAAUUUUAGCAACGAACUGUACGAAAUGAGAUUCAACAUGAAAACGGGCUCAGCUUCUCAGAAAAAACUAUCGGCAUCUGCAGUUGAUUUCCCCAGAAUCAACGAGUGCUUCACUGGAAAGAAAUCAUGUGUGAAUGUGAUAGACGCGAAAACAAUGUCGGCUGAACCAGUGGCAGUGGUGGAGCUGCCUCAUAGAGUCCCAUAUGGCUUCCAUGCCUUGUUUGUUACAGAGGAACAACUCCGGGAACAAACUCUUAUAUAA